AUGGCUCUUCAUCUCUCCCUCCUCCUCCUCCUCCACUUCCUCAUCCUCACCCUCAUCCUCUUUGUACUCUCAGCAGCGAGGCAUGUGUCUGUGCAGACAGGAGGCUCCAUCACCAUCCCAUGUCAAUAUGAUCUGAAUCACAUCAACCAUGUGAAAUACUGGUGUAAAGGAUUACUUUGGGACGGAUGUUCUUAUGUGGUACGCACUGACUAUCCUAAGAUCAGUGGUAAGGCCUCUAUCUCCGAUGACAUCAACAAGAGAAUCUUCACUAUGACCAUGACUAACCUGAAGUCACAGGACUCUGAGAAUUACAGGUGUGUUGUGGAGAUCAAUGGAGGACCAGAUAUCAGGAUACAUUGGUUCUACCUAUCUGUCACUUUAGGUACUGCAGAACUCUAUGUGGACCAACAGGAAGUGACUGGAGUAGAAGGAGGGAGUGUCACUGUCCGUUGUUACUAUAGUAACUCUGGAGAUAUGAAGUGGUGCAGGAUGGGUGGUGAUUGUGUGAGUUUGUAUUAUUGGACUUUACAUGGAACAUCAGUGACAUUAAAGCGGACUAGUGAUGCCAACAACAGAAAAGUCUUAACAGUGACUAUGGGUGGACUGAAGAUGGAGAACACUGACUGGUAUUGGUGUAGAGUGGGAGAACUAGAGUUGCCUGUUCACAUCACUGUCAGUCAACAAACUGCAACACAGAGAACCACUACAAUGACGUCAACAACCCAAGCUCCAACCAAUCAACAACCCUCUGCCUCUCCAACUGCUGAGCCUGUUCAGAUUGACAACACAAGUCAAGGUGCUGAUGGGAACAUGGAGGACGUCCACCAGAGGUCCAUAGAUGUGAAAGUCCUACUGAUUCCUUGGGGCAUGUUGGUGGUGGUGACAGCUGGUAUCCUAGUCACAUGGAAGAUGUGGACAAAGCAUAAGAACAAUAAGGCCAAGGACCAGACAACUAACAACUCAGUGGCCCCAUUUCCUGAAGAUAAUGAUGAUGUCACAUACAGCACUGUCAUCCCCCAGCACAAGGCCCAACUAAAAUUACAGGCCAAGGCAGCAGAACCAGAUGAUAAUGUGGUCUACAGCUCACUAGCUCUACAGGUGACCACACAGCAGAGGGCAGCAUCAGCACAGCAGUGACUGACUGAGUGACCUUGGUGGAGUCCUUAUCCUGGAAGGACAGCCCACUCCCCUCUCCUGGGUCUCAACAUCUAUCUGCCUCCAAUAUGCUUCUGUCAUACCUCUUAACCCACCCCAGAAAGACCCCUCUAUCCUUUUGUGUCCAUAAACUACUGAAGACAGUC